AUGGGUACAGAAUGGCGAUUUAUACCUAAGAGAGCUCCCUGGUACGGAGGAUUCUGGGAAAGACUCAUUGGCCUGACGAAGGUGACCCUUAAGAAGAUUAUUGGACGAGCGUAUGUUACCCUGGAAACCCUUCAAACCAUCACUACAGAGGCAGAGUGCAUGAUUAACAAUCGACCGCUGACGCACGUUCCAUCCAGUCCAGAUUAUCCUAGACCACUGACCCCAGCACACCUGUUGUAUGGCCGCCAGACGACAUCAUUACCAUAUUCCAACGGCAUUGAUGCCACUAACUGUGAUGUAACGUCAGAUCACACAUCACUUACCAAGCGAGCCCGGAUGCAGCAGACGCUAAUAGACCACUUUCGGCGCAGAUGGAUGUCCGAGUACCUGACGGCUCUUCGUGAACACCACCAGAAAACAGGAUGUAACGCCCAAACGAUAAAAGUGGAUGACGUUGUACUAAUCCAUGACGACUCUCCGAGAAUACGAUGGAAACUUGGCCUGGUAGACGAGUUACUCACUGGUAUGGACGGGUUAACACGAGCAGUCAAACUUAGAACUACUACAGGUGUGACGUCACAACCAAUCGUGAAGCUAUACCCACUAGAGGUAGGAAGUGUACCCACCACAGACGACAUCACUGACGAUGUGUGA